AUGGACACAAUGGCACUUGGAUUCACCACAGCAACGGCCUCCGGGACCGACCUGCACUCCAACCUGAGUUCGACAUUGGCGGCUUCCUCCUCCUCCCUUAGCUCCCUCACGGACUACUCAACGUACCCUCUGAUCCGCCAGGGCGACCGCACCUACUUCCGCGACCCGGAGGAUACCUACCCUCUGCCCUGCGACCUGCCCGAGAUCCACCGCCAGAGCCUGCGCACGUUGAUGCUACUGCGCGUCUUAGGCGGCCCGUUUUGCAAUCCCCACUUGGCCAAUCGCCCGCCCAAACGCAUCCUGGAGAUCGCAUGCGGGUCCGGCUUGUGGUCCGGUCUGUGCCACGAAUACUUCUCCCGUCGGGGCCACUCCAACAUCGCCUUUGCGGGAAUCGACGUCGUUUCCAUUGCGCCUGAUCUGCGCAAGCAGGGCAUGAACUGGCAGUUCAAACGUCAUGACCUACGCCGACCCCGCCUACCCUUCCCGGACGAUUAUUUCGACUUCGUGUUUAUCAAAGAUGCCGGCAUGUGUCCAGCCAGCCCAGCGCAAUCAGCGUCCGGGUUGAGUGAGCCUCUGCGAGUGUUGAAAUCCGGGGGGAUCCUGGAAGUGUGGGAUUCAGAUUGGAGUUUCCGCUCGCUGCUCCCGAACCCGGCUCCAGCCCGCAAAACAUCGUCGAAGGAACAAGAGAUUGCCGAUACGACGGCCACAUACACAUUCUCCUCUGCGACUCCAUUCACACGAGCGCAGAACAAAUACUUGGUGGAUUAUAACUCGUGGGUGGAGAAGUCGUUCGACCAACGCAAACUCACAGCGCUUCCGUGCGCCACUAUCGGCUUAUCGUUCAACUCCGAGGUAGACGUGCUGGAAAAUGUCGACAGUCGCCGCGUUGCAGUCCCGCUAGGUGAAUUGCGGUGGGAGCGCGAGGGCCAAGGCAAGGACUCCAAGGGCCGUCCACGAAAAGCCUUGACCCCGGAACAAAUAUCCAUCCGACGAACGGCGCUUCUCACGACGAUCCAGAUGAUCGGAGGGCUCGAGCCCCUGCUCAUGGAAUCCAGCGGAAAGAGCCGCGAUGAAUGGGACCGAUGGUGGGCAGCGAUGACUGCCGACUUUCUGCAAAAAGGCGGACUUGCCAGCGGCGAGUGUCUUGAAGUGAGUGCCUGGUGGGGACGCAAAAAAUGA